UAUGCUUUUUCAACAGUGACAGAAAGCCGUGGGUUAUUAGAAAGCAUACAAAGGUUUUCUUUGCUUCCGACCUAUCUACCAGUGAGCUACACCAUCCAUCAGAGUGAGCUUUCCUUCUUCCUUAAGGAGGCAAAUCAGGACAUUAUGAGGAAUUCCAGUCUGCAGUCUCGAGUUGAAUCAUUUUUCAUUUACAAGGCCAAGAAACAGCCAGUGAUGAACGUCACCUAUGGACCUUUUUUUAUUGAGCAAGAAGUGCCACAGGAUUUACUUUUAAUUUCUAACUACUUUGGAUCUACAGAUAAAUUUACAUUUAACUGGAAGAUUAAAUCAUAUAUUCUAAAGGACAAAAUUUAUCGUUCAAAACCUAAAGUUCAAGUUUUAUUUUAUAUUGUAGGUAGAGACUGGGAUGAUUAUAGCACUACUGAAAGACUUCCCUGUGUUAAAGUAUUUGCCUUCCGGGAAACAAGAGAAGUGAAGGCCAUGUGCAAGCUGACAGGUGACCUGGGAUUGUGUGUUGCUGAGCUCGAACUACUUUCAAGCUGGUUUGAUCCACCAACAGUGAUUGCCGGACAUAAAAAGAUGUUGGAGCAGCCUAAUGGUAGUCCAGUGGAAUUGUAUUAUUCUAUUCAGCUAAGUGAUGAGAAAGGAAAUUGUGUCAAGGAGGACACAAGGAAAAGCCAAACAUCUCGCAACUAUUUUGAUGAUGCUGGUCCACCACUGCAGAGAAUAGGAAGUGUUUACCUCUAUCAAGUCCCCAGCAGCAACUCAUCCAUUGAAGUGGUAAUUGAUGGAAAUAUAGCUAUCCGUUCUUUCUCUCGAACUGUAAGAACAGGGGAUAUUCUAUCAUACUUUGUUUUUCUUGCUAAAAAUUUUACCCAGGCUAAAUUCAAAUUAAGGGCAAAAGUCACAGAAGGAGUUAAUUUAUUCGGCAUGAGGGGCAGUUCACAUUUAUGGGAUGUGAAGGAAAACAUGGAUUUUCCAGGCAAAUUAUCACCUGUUAUCAUUGACUGUCAGAGGAAAUAUUCCAUUGCUGAAACAAGUGUUGUAGAAAACUACUAUGAAAUUUUCCAGAUAGACUUUAAAAUUGGCAGUGCAACUGACCCAUCAGGAGUACAGAUAAUCACCUGGCAAGUUGAAUACGUUGGGCAAGCUGUAUCAGAUCUUGGUGUCUCCAAAAUAUAUGUCAAUGAAAGGGACAUUGUGGCUUUAAUACCGCUGGCAAUGGAAGCUGAGAUUCUCAACACGGCUAUUCUCAAUGGGAAAACAGUAGCAGUUCCUGUUAAGACUGUUGCUAUAGACAGUAGUGGCUCAGUGACUGACCUAUCUGAACUUGUGGACUGCAAAUCAUCUGAUGAAGAUGUCCUUAAGGUUUCAGACAGAUGUGACUAUGUCUUUGUAAAUGGAAAGGAAAUGAAAGGAAAGGUUAAUGCCAUUGUGAAUUUCUCCUAUCAACAUUUCAAACCUUCACUGGAAAUGACAGUAUGGGUUCCACGGCUUCCUCUGCUGAUAGAUGUGUCUGACUCUGAAUUAAAUCAGAUCAAAGGUUGGAGGGUUCCCAUAAUGGCAAAUACGAGACCGGCUAGGGACAAUGAUGACGACGAUGAUGAAGACAAAAAGGGAAGAGGCUGUACUCUCCAAUAUCAACAUGCCAUCCUACGGGUUCUUACACAGUUCAUAGCUGAGUCUUCAGAAACUCCUGGCCAAAUCAAGUACCUGCUUGGAUCUGACUGGCAAGUGGACAUCACAGAUUUAAUAACUGAAUUUAUCCAAAUGGAUGAGUCUAAUGUUGUUAGUCUCAAAGGGCAGACUCUAAUUGGGCAAGAAGUUGGUAUGACAACUUUACAGAUACUUUCCCCACUCUCUGAUGCCAUUUUGGCAGAGAAAACUGUAAUGGUAGUAGAUGAAAAGGUGACCAUCACAGACCUUGGGAUCCAGGUGGUGACAGGCCUUUCACUUUCUCUUCAGCUUAGUCCUGGAAGUAACAGGGCAAUCUAUGCAACUACAAUAGCACAAGAGCAUUUUAGUUCCCCAAAACAGGAAGUAGAGAUCAGUUGUUGGAUCCAAUUUAGUGAUGGUACAGUGAUGCCCCUGGAUAUUUACGACUCAAACGACUUUUCAUUGAGUGUGACAUCUUUGAAUGAGAAAGUUUUUUUAGUGUCUCAGGAUUCUAAAUCCAAAUGGCCAGUUUUUUCAGCCAUUGCAGAAGGACAAGGGGCUCUGGUCAAGGUAGAGCUCAUGAUAAGCGAGUUAUGUCAGAAGUCUAAACGCAAAAGCAUACUUACUGUGGGUAUUGGACAUAUAUGUGUUAAAGUUGGUCACAACAAUGGAAGUGACAGUAGAAAUGUGAAUAACAGGAAUCAUUUUGAAAACCGUCCUACUGGUAGAAGACAGAAGAUUUCCUUGGAAAGAGCAACACCUGACAUUACUUACUUUGGUACACCAUCCAUGGAGAGAGACAUCCAGAACAUGAAUAGGGCUACCACUGACCAGGCCCAAAUAAGUAAGAAGAGGGAGAGAGAAAGUCUGUUAGAUGAUGACAGUCAACUUCCAAACAUCCCUAUGGAUUUCACUAGUUUUCCUGCACAGGUUGAUCUACCUGGUAACAAUGGAGAAACAGAAGAAAAUGAUCUUGUUCAAAAUACAAGAGGUUUAAGUGACUUGGAAAUUGGAAUGUAUGCUUUAUUAGGAGUCUUUUGUCUGGCCAUACUUGUCUUUCUCAUAAAUUGUGUGACAUUUGCACUAAAGUAUAGACACAAACAGGUCCCUGUGGAUGAACAAGAGGCCAUGACACAUUCACACGACUGGGUUGGGCUUACAAAUCGGACAGAAAUAUUGGAAAAUAAUAUAAAUUUCCCUUUGCAGCCUGAAGAAUGCAUUACAGCUGUAGACAGGGGAGUAAGUAAUAUUGCAGAAAGUAAAUAUCUAAUAACUUCAAAUCCUUGUAAAACUGUGAAUGGACAGGCAUUCAGAUCUGCAGAGACAUCCAUCAGUGAAGGGAAAGAACAGAAGGGUGAGCCUGCCACCUCUCCUACCUCUAAAAGGAAACGUGUAAAAUUUACUACUUUUACCACCAUUCCUUCUGAUGAUAGUUGCCCAAAUAUUAACCCCAUGUUAGUAAACAAUGAAGAUGAUAUAAAGUGGGUUUGCCAAGACAUAGACAUGGGGGAAUGCAAAGAACUCCGAAACUAUAUGGAAAGAUUACAUGAAAAUGUGUGA